GACCGAGACAGACCAGGAUCCACCAUAGAUGACCUGCCUGUAUCAACUCCAGGAGGACCUCUGAAAAUUCAGAAAGUGGAUCUUCUCCAAUCUCGGACUAGCGAAAAUCGUCGAUCUCAUCACACUGAUGAAUAUGAAUGUGAUGAUCUAAUUAUAAGAAGGGGACAGCCCUUCCAGAUCUGUGUCACGUUCCAAAAAGAAUUUGGCAGGAAUGAUCAAAUCUGCAUUUUGCUACAGCAAGGAAAUGCCCAGGCAAUCACCUUACCUCUGGUAAAAGAAUUCGAUGAGGGAAACUGGGGAUGUCAACUGGCAGAAGCAAGUGGACAGAAUGUCAUUUUUUGGGUGAACACUUCAGCCCAGGCUUCUGUGGGAAAAUACCAGCUCAGUGUUAAAAGUAGCGGAGGAAUAUGCAGUGACUCUAAAUUAAAGGUCUACAUCCUGUUUAAUCCUUGGUGUAAUAUGGAUUCUGUGUUUCUGGAUAAUGAAGCAUGGAGACAGGAAUAUGUUCUUAAUGAGAUUGGAAGAAUUUACUAUGGUACUGAGCAUCAAAUUGGUGAACGUUCCUGGAACUAUGGACAGUUUGAUAAGGGGGUUCUGGAUGCUGUAAUGUUUGUACUGGACCGUAGUGGUAUUGCACCUGGAUCAAGAGGAGAUCCUAUAACUGUUUCCAGAGUUAUUUCUGCAAUGGUAAAUUCUAUGGAUGACAACGGAGUUGUUGCUGGAAGUUGGUCUGGUGAAUAUGCUGAUGGUGUGAACCCAGUUUCCUGGGUAGGCAGUGUGGACAUUCUACUCCGUUAUCACCAAACUGGGUGCUCAGUGAAAUAUGGGCAGUGCUGGGUAUUUGCAGCUGUCACCACCACAGUGCUACGCUGUCUUGGAAUCCCUGGACGUACCGUCACCAAUUUUGCCUCUGCUCAUGACACUGAUGGCAAUUUAAUAUUUGAUGUGUAUUUUGAUGAAAACAUGAAGCCAAUAGAAGAAAAAAACAGUGAUUCAGUUUGGAAUUAUCAUUGCUGGAAUGACUGUUGGAUGAGACGUCCAGACUUGCCUGGUGGAUAUGAUGGAUGGCAGGCUAUUGAUGCCACACCUCAAGAAACCAGCAAUGGUAUAUACUGCUGUGGCCCAUGUCCUCUUUUGGCCAUAAAGAAUGGCUUAGUGAAUAUUAAAUAUGACUGUGGAUUCAUCUUUGCUGAGGUGAACAGUGACAAGGUGUUCUACCAGCGGCAGCCAAAUGGCAAGUUUAAGAAAGUCCACGUGGAAGAACGAGCAGUGGGACACCACAUCAGCACCAAAGCUGUAGGAUCCAAUGGAAGGGAGGACAUCACGUACCUGUACAAGCAUCCAGAAGGCUCUCCUGCAGAACGUGAAGCAGUGCGCACAGCUGCCAAAUAUGGCAACAAGCCUCUAGCAGAAGUUGAUACAGAUGAGUCCUCUGAUGUGUCGCUUACCAUUGAGUCACAGGAUGGUUUCAAUAUGGGCAGUGACAUUAAUGUCCGCAUCUUGCUGAAAAAUUGCAGCAGUAGUCGUCGCUCAGUGUCCUUAUCUAUGGCUGUUGCUGUUAUGUUUUAUAACGGUGUCUGCAAAGAGUCAUUCAAGAAUGAAACCUGCGAUGCAACUCUCAACCCUGGAGAAACUAAAGCAGUUGGGUUGCUGUUAAGUUAUAGUGAAUAUCGUACACAACUGGUGGAUCAAUCAGCCAUGAUGUUAACAGUGUCUGGAAUUGUGAAAGAAAGUGGACAGAAAUUAGCCAAACAACACACCUUUAGGAUAAGAACCCCAGAUCUCGUGAUUAAGGUGCAUGGUAACCCUGUGGUUGGCCAACAAAUUGUGGCAGAAAUCAUAUUCCAGAACCCUCUUCAGACAACAUUGCACAAUGCCUGCUUCCACGUGGAAGGACCUGGUCUUCAAAGACCAAAGAUUGUCCAAGUUGGAGAUAUCGGGCCUUUGAAGACAGUCUCUAUCACAGAACGCUUUACACCUCGGCGUGCUGGAUUGCGUCAGCUUGUGGCUAGUUUGGAGAGUAAUGAGAUGAGUCAAGUACAUGGAGUGGCUGAAGUCAUGGUGCGAGACAAUUAA